GUGGCCAAUCCCCUUUACCUUUUAUGGCACGGGGGGUGGGGUGUGGGACGGUGGGUUAUGACAUCAGGGACUUUCUUAAUACAGUACUAAGUAUAAUAAAUGCAAGAGUUCCAGGGACCGUUCAGUGUGGAGCGUUAACUUUACUUUCAGCGGAGCAGCGAUUCGAUUUCACCUCAUCACUGAUAAAGUUAUCUUCUACACCCUACUUGAUGGCAUCUUUGAUAUAUUCAUCUUGAAAGAGGUUUUUAUAAUUAGUUUAAACAUCAUAAAAUCAACAUGAACCUCUCAGAGCAGAACAUGCAUAGCUCCACAGCGAGCUACCCGGUAGAGGACAAAAAUGAACUGUCUCACUCUUGCUUCAAAAGAAAUCGCUAUGAUGAUUCCUUGAGGCUAUACUCAAAUGGCUCCAUCAUUUCUCAGCUAUUGCGGAAGACAAUACAGAACAAGAGGGUAGCAGAAGAGAGCCUUUUCUACCUGCCACCCAGUGCUGUCCCCAGUUCCACCACUGCAGACUUCAGUCAAGAGGACAGAAGCAGCAGCUCCUCAAAGGAAAGCACCCUGGAGCCGUCGUCCCCCGCUAGUCAACCAUCCACAACCACCAGCUUUGAAGCCGACAGGCCUUUUAAUGAGCACCGCCAAGCCAAACGAGCCAGGGUGGAAAAUAUCAUCAGAGGAAUGGCGGUUUAUCCUAAUGCGCAAGUUCCUACCGACAGGGACAGAAGCGAUCCCUCAGGAGAUGCGAGGGAAAGCUACAGGGAAAACAAAAGGAAGCAGAGACUUCCUCAGCACCAGAACCACAGCCUGGGUGAAGCCCUGCCAGCCACCAGAACCAGCAGUAAAGACGACGAGUGCCAUCAGCUUAAAGAACAGCUUCAGUCUAUGCAGAGGCUGCUGAGGCAACUGCAGGAGAAGUUCUUCCAUGUUUAUAAUGUCAGUGACUCUGAGCAUGAUGACCAGGAUGAGUCAGAAGAGGCUAGCUUCUCCUUCCAUACCAACAAUAUGAACACAGAGUUUAUGGCGACUUCUAACUAUGACUUAAGUGCUGGUUUUGAUGGUGGCUUUGAAAAGAUGGAAAAAGUAAGAGAGGUGCAAAGAGAUAGACUGCCCUUUGGCAACAUUGCCCCAUCGAUGCUAGCUGAUGGAAAGAAUUUGUCAGACACAUUAAAACAUGAGUUAUCCAGGGUGGUAAAUGAGAGUGUGGACUCUGUUUUAAAGAAGUUCACCUCUGUAUUGUACAGCCAGGCACCUCAACUGCAAAAUCACCAGGAAUCCAUAUCUGAUAACAUGGCUUCUGAAAGCAAGAAUCUACCACCCUAUGCUCCGGAACUGGCUCAUUUUCAGGACAGUGUAAAACCCAGACAUUUCGAGUAUUAUCAGAAUGCUGAGGCACCAGCUGAUGAAGACCAGACAGAGGCACUGUCACUGGUCGUGCGGAAGUCCUCUCUCAAUCACCCUAGUUCUGUGAGCCAAGGGCUUAAGAGGCCCUACCACUUGCCUCAAACACCUUUUCAAUUUAACUACCACCAGGCAGUACAGGAAAACCAAAUACUUGAACAUCUCCUGAAAUAUGGCCCUCAUGGUAAUUUUGGCAGCCGUCUAUGCAUCCCCCCAUCUAUGGACAGGUCUUCACCAGAGUUGGUAGACAUACCUUGGGAAGCCAUCAAGGUCAGAUCAAAGGUCAGCUCCAGUCAUGUGGCUCACCAGUCACACCAAGCACCUCUCAGCCAGGUUCCAGUGGACAGCCUCUGUCUUCCCCACGUAAAACUGGAACGUGGGGAUCUUCAGAACAUGACAGAACGGAAUCCUUAUAUGUCAUUAAAUAUCCAGGAGGGUCUAACACCCAAUCACUUGAAGAAAGCUAAAUUAAUGUUCUUUUACACACGGUAUCCCAGCUCCAACGUACUGAAAACAUUCUUCCCAGACGUCAAGGUAAGCAAAUUUAACCGCUGCAUCACCUCCCAGCUCAUCAAAUGGUUCAGCAACUUCCGUGAGUUUUACUACAUCCAGAUGGAAAAGUUUGCCCGCCAGGCGAUUGUGGAUGGAGUGAACAAUGCGAAAGACCUCACGGUUUCCAGAGAUUCUGAAUUGUUUCGAGCCCUCAACAUGCACUACAACAAGGCCAACGACUUUCAGGUUCCAGAUAGGUUUCUUGAAGUUGCUGAAAUAACAUUACAAGAAUUUUUCAAUGCCAUCUCCAUGGCAAAGGAUACCGAUCCCUCGUGGAAGAAAGCAAUCUAUAAAGUAAUCUGCAAACUAGACAGCGAGGCCCCCGAACAGCUGAAAUCUUCCAACUGUCUUUAAGAAGACCUCUCACAACCACUUAUACUUUAACACAGAUGGACGCUACUAAGAACAGCACCAUCUGGAACAUGACCUAUAGAUUAAUGGAAAAUGUAUGGCACCUAUUAAAAUUGAUUUACAAUUUCUCUUUUUUUCUCUCUCUCUAAUGAAGUGCUGUAUUGCUCCUUAUGGCAAAACAUCUGAGAAAACCACAUUGCAUCAGAGGAUAAUGUAUUUAUUAUUUUAGUUUUGGGAAAAGAGAAAUUAACAAGUCUUACCAUAAAAAUGUUAUUUAAAAAAAAAAAUGGACAUGAUCAGUCCAGAAUUCCAGAAGACCAUUUGUUUUACAGCUCUUCAAUGGAUAAGGGUUUUUUUGCGGUUUCAUUUUAAACUGCAACCGUGGGCUCGUCUAUCAAGUCUUAGUAGGGUUUCAAGCACAUUCAGCAUUUUAAAGUAAUAACAUGGGUGCCUGAGACGAAAAGGGAGGCAGUAAGAUAACUGUCCUAAAAAAUAAACUUCAAAGUAGUCUCCAAAAAUCAGUUACGGUGUAUGAGAAAUUACUGCAUAUGUAUAUUCUGUAAAAAAAAAAAAAAACAUUUGCUGAUGUCAUCUUAAAAAUAAAAUAUGUUAUUCGUUGCACAUGCGUGCAACAUUUUAAUUCCACAGGGAUCCUAUGGACAGCUUAAUCACGUCAUUGUAAAGCUAGUUAACCUAGUCUUGCUCCAGAAUUCAAGAAAUGAAGCAAAAUGCAUCCAUUACUGUCCUGAUAAUUCCUGAUUACUGUAAAUUUUAUAAACAUGGAAGGAUUAUUUUUGUUUGCAUACUGGUAAUGUGAAUAACUGUCCUUUCUGGUGUGUGUUAUUUAAGGUAGAAAAUAAACAGUACAAUGUUCAAAUAAAUUAUUUCUCUUUUGCUCACCUUGUUCAGUUGUUUACUGGAUGUGACUAGGCAGGCAGGAAAGUGUAUAUAUUAAAUUAAUUUUAUAAUACAAAAAUACAUUGCAAACAGCUGGAUGAAAAAAAAACCUUAAGACUUCAGACAAAUUAUUAGGUUGUUAGCACUGAUUGUUUUCUAGACAACAUUCUUCUUCC